UGUCCAACGUGCAACACUAAUUUCCCAUUUGAUUGAUAAUACGAAUAUGAAGUGAAGUUGAAGUUUCAAACAAAAUAAAUGGGUUACUUUGUGUGAAAAUUAACACCGGGCUUAACUUUCACCAAUUUAUUUUAAAAUAUUUGCUUAAAUUUUCCUUUUCAAAUUGUUCAUUACAGUAAAAACAAGUAGUAUGUAAUAUAAAUUGUUCAGUAUUCUCGUCCUGUUCUGUCAUUUUAAAUAUAUUUAAUUUGUAAAAUACUGUGUCGAAAAGCUGGUGAAAGUAAAAAAUGGCUCAAAAUAAGAAAAUUUUGAAAGAUGAACAUUUAAUUACGGUUCUUUUGUGUGCCCUUGCAAUACCCUUAUCGAUGUCAAUGUGGAUCAUUAACUUAAUUUAUUCAAAAUUCAUAACAACAAACGAAGGUUUUGAUGAACCAGUAGUGAUAUCUCCUGGAAGAUGGCUAGCUUCGUGUCUGAUACCACUCAUUAUUGCUGUGCAUGGAUACAGAAAGAAAAGCGUAUCUCUAAAUGGGGCUGUCCUUGGAUGUGCAUUAGCUUUUAUUUUAACACUCAGCAACUACUCAUUUCUGGCCUGCCUUAUAACAUUCUUCAUAUCAUCAUCAAAAGCCACAAAAAUUCGACCACAUAUAAAAAGAAAGAUAGAGGAAGACUUCAAAGAAGGUGGGCAAAGAAAUUGGGUACAAGUGCUCUGUAAUGGAGGAAUGGCUGCACAACUCGGUCUUUUGUAUCUAUUGGAUGUUGGAGCUUCUGAACGGCCAAUUGACUUUGUCAGUGAUUACAGAGCUUCUUGGCUAUCCAUCGGCAUGCUUGGUGUAUUUGCAUGUUGCAAUGGUGACACUUGGGCAUCAGAAUUGGGAACAGUUUUUUCAGACUCUGACCCUUACUUAGUCACUACUUUUAAAAGGGUUCCUAAGGGUACAAAUGGAGGCAUUAGUGUGAUUGGUACAGUGUUCAGUACAUUGGGAGGUCUAGCUAUUGGCAUAUCACAAUAUUUAACAAUUUAUUACUUUUCUGAGAAAUCUCUAUGGACCUAUGCACCUCCUCAGUGGCCUAUUAUUUUCUUUGGUGCCCUUGGAGGAUUUCUUGGAAGCUUCAUAGAUUCCGUAAUGGGAGCAACAUUGCAAUACUCAGGAUUAGAUAAAGAUGGCAAGAUUGUGUCACACUCUAGUCUCACAGUAAAACAUAUCAGUGGAAGAAAUAUUCUAGACAAUCACAGUGUAAAUCUCAUAUCAACUGUUAUCAUGGGGUUACUAUUACCUACAGUGUGCAAAAGUUUAUGGCCUCUUUUCUAAAUUUAAUAAUUUAAUUUAAAGAUAUUAUGUUAUAGGGCUGUUUGUUAAGUCUUAUCCAACCGCAUGAUGCAAAGGAG